AUGCCCCGAUUCUACGUUAUUGUGCAAUGCUUUGUCCCCUCCGCGCCCCAAGAGGAAGAUCCAGAUUCGGAAAACGAGAAGCCGGAGGUGAAGGAGCCAGAGGAUGAGGAUGCUGCAAAUGAGACGUUCCCCUUUAAGUACAGUCCUGGAAAGCUGAGGGGAAACCAGUACAAGUCAAUGAUGACCAAAGAAGAACUCGAGGAAGAACAAAGGGUUCAGAGAGAGCAGCUGGCUGCCAUCUUCAGGCUCAUGAAGGAAAAAAGUGACACAUUUGGAGAGAUGUCUGAAGGGGACAUGAAGGAACAGCUUAGGCUCUAUGAUAUAUAAGCUUGCAGCCAGUGCUGGCUAUGUCCAGAAGUCAUC